CCUUCGGAGUUAUAUAAAUAGAGAGCAGGUGAUUCUUUGUUAGCCAACAAGAACAAGUCCCUUUUUAUUGUUUUUAUAUUUAUUCAUUAUUGCUGGAUCCUCUCUCUGCAUUUGUUAGAAAAUUCUGUAAAAUUUAUGUUGACAAUUCUUUCAAGUUCAUAUUCAGUUUAGAAAAUCAUUGGAGAAAGUGAGGGUAAUUUGUAAAUUCAUUCAUGAUCCCUGGGGCUUAAACUUUGCACAAUUUUUAAAAAAAUAAAAAUGGCUCGUUCGUGUGGUUCGGAUGUUAUUGGAGUCCUUCGAGGAAUCAGAACUGUUGCAAAUAGUAUUGCCAAGCAUCAGGUGGAGAAUGUUCAAAAAAUUGUUGAUAAUUCCAGUGUUAAAAGGGUGACUGAAGAUAAUAUAAAAGGUGUUGCACAACAAAUAUCUGAGAUACAACUGAGUCAGGCACCAGAGAAAGUUCUGUCAUCGGUGAAAGAACUACUCGACAGAGUGGUUGUUGUAGAAAAGGGGAUAACAGAGCUAGCAAAACACUUCACAAAUGAAAUCACGCAUUCCUCAGCAUCUCCACAAAAUCCAAAGCCCGAGGAUCCACACCUCGAGAUUUAUGAUCCAGCGAAGGAUGCCAGGGAGAUGCGUAGUCCCAAAACUUCUGAAGAAUCAUCUUUUCAAAAUGUCGUUAACGUCUCCAGAGAAUACAGCAGUGUCAAAGAAAAAAUAGAGAACAUCGGUGGGCACGAGAAAAUGAUUCCUAAAAUAGAGUUGACAGACAGGGAGAAAAAGCAACUCCGAAAGUUAGAGAUGGAGCACGAGAGUAGAAUAAGAACUAGAGAAUCGACACCUGGAAAAAUAUCGUGGGUUGAGAAGACCGAAGAAUUGAUUUUAAAAAUCGACGACGAAAAAAUAUCAGAUACGAAAGAAAUUCCGAGGGUGAAACCGAAGAUAAAACCUAAACAGACGCUUUCAGUAAACGCUAGGGAGAGAAAAGUCCCCAGUACGAGAAUUCAGCGGAUGGUGAGUUUCGGAACUCUUGGAAUCGGUUUGGGAAUCGGUACGAUUGCUGAAUAUGGACGAAGAACACUGGGAAUUAAGGAUCAGGGAAUCGGGGAGAGUUUGGAUAACGCCUUCUUGACAAAAGCCAACGCCGAGAGAAUUGUGUCAACCCUCUGCAAAGUGAGAGGAGCUGCCCUGAAGAUCGGCCAGAUAUUGAGUAUCCAGGACACGAACAUAAUAAGUCCAGAAAUGCAGAAAGUAUUCGAACGAGUCCGUCAAAGUGCUGAUUUCAUGCCAACGUGGCAGGUUCAGCAAGUUCUAGUCAAUGAAUUGGGUCCUGACUGGUCGAGGAAGAUGAAGCUGUUAACUGGAUAUGAAUCCAAGGUGAUGGAGAGUGCUCACGUGGAUGCUGUUAUGAUUCUUGGAGAAGUUUUCAGUGAAAAAAAUGAGAAAUACAAUUUUGGAGGGCAAAAUGUCACUAAGAGCAUGCAAAAAUUAGUGCCAACGAUAAUAUCUCAUCGUCUGUGCCCACCACCUGAGGAGAUCUACAGCAUUCAUCGGAAAUUGUCUGGGGUUUUCUUGCUGUGUGCUAAACUGAACGUCAAAAUCAACUGCAGAGAAUUAUUUCAAGAUGUGUACGAAAAGUACAAGUCAGGAUGCGCAAGUUCUUGAUGUGUAGAAUUUUUAUUGAAUGUUGAACGUUUUUUUCUGAAUUAUUCGCUACAAUGGGAUUCAAAUACGAAAAAUAGAAGUAAAUCUCGAAUUAUUUUCUUGCUCUCGAGUAAAACCAAUUACUGUAUUACAUUAAUGAACAUAAAUUCUCGAUUUUCUAACUUGAUCCAUUGAUGUGAGAAAAUAAAAAUGCUGUUGCUAUAAUUAUUUAA